CAGCCUUUCCUUAAGCACAGGGGUCCUUGGAGUACUUUCCGCUAACAAAGCAGCGUCUAAAAUGUCGGGAGAGGUUUAUCUCCUGUGGCUCCUCUCUCUAUUACAAACGCUGUCGGCGUACGGCGCCGACCUGUCUUCUGAAGCAUGCAGAGAGCUGGGCUUCUCAAGCAACCUGCUGUGCAGCUCCUGUGACCUACUCGGGGAGUUCAGCCUCACCAAGCUCCAGCCUGACUGCGGGCAGUGCUGUCAGCAGGAGGCCCAGAUGGAAGCGCGCAAGCUCUACGCCGGGGCCAUCCUCGAGGUGUGUGGAUGAAAACUGGGGAGGUUCCCUCAAGUCCAAGCUUUUGUCAGGAGCGAGAAGCCCAAGACGUUCAAAGGUCUUCAGAUCAAGUACGUGAGAGGCUCAGAUCCUGUGCUAAAGCUUUUGGACGAUAACGGGAACAUGGCUGAGGAGCUCAGCAUCCUCAAGUGGAACACAGACAGCGUGGAGGAGUUCCUGAGUGAGAAAUUAGAACGGAUAUAGACACAAGAGACCAACUUUUUUGUUUGUUUAAUUUUUAUAGUUAAAAGGUCGGUUAAACCAAAUUACAAACCCGCUUAUGUAAUCUAGCCAUGCAGAUACUUUCUGGUUAAAGUGCUUAGCCUAACAGAUUUGUCUCCCAGAUUUCUGUGUCAAUCUUCAGAGAAAUGAAAAUACUCUUUGUGGUGUUCUCAGCUCAGAAAAAUGAUCAUCCAAAUAUUCAGCAUUAGGUCUUUUUUCUACCAGAAUGAGUGUCCUUGUUACUAAAGAGUAACCCCAUUACUGGUGUUCAGUGGAAUAAUGUUCUGCAUAAUAAAUAUGUUCAAUGAGAGACACUCAUUCUAAAAAUCAUGGCAGCAGAAGAUCACAUGUAAAAUUUUGUUGGAUCCUGAGCAAAGUACACUCAUCCCUAGUGAAGUUUUUUGGGGGCAGAAAUCUCACGAAACAAUUCUUCUUAACUGUGAGCAUGUUAACCAUAGAUAUCUGUAUGGCUGUGGACAACUGGAGGAGCAUUAGAAAAUGUAUAUUUGUAAAACGGUUGCGUUGUUUACCGGUUUGUACACAAAUCUCCCUUGAUGGAUGGUGGUUAAGUUUCUGCUGUAAUGACUGUUUUGUAUCAGAAAACGUGAAUCUCUUAUCUAAAUUUGACCAAUUAAGAUAUGUGAGUGUGAAAAGACACACUCACAGAGCACACCCAGAAUAUUGAUCCAACCUCAGAGAGAAAUCAUAGCUCAAAUCAUGGCUCCAUGAGUUUAGAAAAAGACUACUCUGCACAUCAUGAAGUUUUUUUUUUCCCUGUCUGAUAUUCUUGUAUAUCUGUUUUUUUUAUAACGCUCAUAAUGGUGACUGAUGGGAUUUGUAGUGAGAAUGAGUCCUAGUUGCUCUCCACAUGCAGGAGUGUACUGAAGCACACGUUAGUGAUGACCUCACAGUAAACCAGAACCUGGAAUGUGACGUCUGAUGUAUGUUUGUGUUUAUCUGAACCUCCUGCCCUGAAGAGAAACUGGAUUUAUUGAGGAUGCUUGGUUUUUUUUGAGCGAGUGAGGUGACAGUUUAAAUAUGCAACAAUAAACAAAGUCUGAAGGUAA